AUGUCGAUGACGUGGAACGGCGACGGAGGAGAGAGCUCCGGUGGGUUUUUGAACGGCUUAGGAGAUUUGGACGGUUUCAUUCAGGAGCUAGGUGGUGAAUUUCCUUAUUUACCCUUUACCAUUGAUCCUUCCGUUGCUUCUUCCUCGCACUUACAUGGCGGAGUUCUCGCAGAAUCUCACCAAUUCGCCUAA